AUGUCCCGUUCGUUUUUAGUAGAUACAUUGAUAAGUGAUACGAAAGACUGCAAGAAGAAUGAUAUAACUAGUGAACCUAAACACCCAUACAUACCGGUGUUAGGACAUCACCUGGAUCCUCGACCGAAGUUUAUGCCUUACCCCUAUCCAGGCAACUUGAACAAUCUUCUCAACAUCAGUCUAUAUCAACAUCGAUCACCGGAUUUAUUCAGACCGUUUUUGGAUCAACUUAACUUCCGCAAUCCUUUCAUACAUCAGCUACCUCGCCAGGAUUUUUAUGAAACGCAAAUUGAAACAAAGCCUUUUGAAACUUUCAUUAGAACUGAAGAACAAGAACCUGUGAACUUUAUUAGCAAGAGAAAAAAAUCUGUGUCUCCGUAUUUACACCAUCCUUAUAAAUCUGCCACAUCUCCAUCCAAAAGUGAAGGCCAUAUUUCGCCGUCUUUAUCCGGUGACAGUAGAAAUGGCACGCCAAGUCCACCACUUGGUCAUCCAGAAGAACUUCUACCAGGUUACUCUAAGGAUUUAAAACGUAUGCCAUUAAAAGAAGACUCGAGUAAGAGAAUUAGGACUGCAUUUACUGGAACUCAACUGUUAGAAUUAGAAAGAGAAUUUUCCAUGAACAUGUAUCUUUCAAGACUUCGAAGAAUUGAAAUUGCGUCUAGAUUGAAGUUGUCUGAGAAACAAGUUAAAAUCUGGUUUCAGAAUCGCCGUGUUAAGCUGAAAAAAGAAGAGUCUCCAAUGUCGUCAACUCCUGGUUCAAAGAAGUGUUGUUGUGCGAAGAGUUCCUGUUCAUCAAAUGACCAAGAUGUGUGUGAUCAAGAACAGAUUGAUGUAGUCAGUGACAAUGAUAUAAGCUAUGAAGUGCAGAACCUUUCGCAGCAUUCAUGA